AGGUGGGGACUGAGGAGUGCUGGGAGAACCUGGAGGCCCAGACAGCUUUGGUGUGUUAAAUAUAUGAAGGUCAGCUGAUUGUCAGGUCUGAAUCCCAACAGCCACAAAGAAAACUCUUGUUUUCUCAAAUCUCCCUUUAAGUGUUAAUAUCUUGGGCACCCUUCCACUUGUGGGACAGAUUAAUAACACCACUGCAAGUUGAGUACCAGGGAUUAUGCAAGCUGUAUACCUUGAUUCCAGGAAGAGGAAGGGAAAGAGACUACUGAAUGUUGUGAGCUGAGUGCAGGUUGAAGUGAGGACCGGGUGAGCACAGGGUCACCGCCCACGAAAGGGAGGAGCAAGCAGCUGGGCAGUGGUAGUUGGCGAGGUGGGUCCUUCCUAGGGCUGGGCGGGGAGACAGAUGAGUAGGCUAUUGGAGGACAGGCACAAGUGCUACUGAAAUGCAAAUCCCUGUAGAUCUGGAAAAGGUCUGGCCCUGGGCUUGAUGCUUGGGUCUGGAACUGUGAAUCCUCACUGUACCUUCAGCUCACUCUAACCCUUAAGGAAGUGCUCAAGUCACUCAAGACGACUGGCCAAUCAGAGUCUUACCUGGACCUGCCAAUCAGAAGGGAAGGCGGGCUUUUCCGGGUGCCUUGGUGUAGUAUUCGCGUAGUAGCUAAGCCUUCUUAAAUGGUCCUGGCUGCUGUGCUCUGUGUCCUGUGUUUGGAUUCUGUGAGGCAUGUUCAGGCAAGCUCCGAAGUUGCGACAUGGUGAGGGGCAGGUACAGGAUAGAAGGAGGCCUGUCAUUGGAGGAGAAGGAAGGAUGGGCGGGAGAGAAGUUUGAAAGAAGAGGAGGAGACCAGGACAGAGAGGAGGAGAGAGGAAAGCUGGAGAAGCCAUGGCAGGUGAUGUUAAGAGUCUGCUCUGUGUAUUUACAGGAUGCAUUAACCUAUGAUGAUGUACAUGUGAACUUCACUCGAGAAGAAUGGGCUUUGCUGGAUCCUUCACAGAAGAGUCUCUACAAAGAUGUGAUGCAGGAGACCUACAGGAACCUCACUGCUAUAGGUUACAAUUGGGAAGACCAUACUAUUGAAGAACAUUGUCAAAGUUUCAGAAGACAUGGAAGGCAUGAAAGAUGUCAUACUGGAGAGAAACCCUCUGAAAAUACUCAGUGUGGUAAAGCCUUUGCACAACAUAGUCAUCUCCAAAGACAUAAGAGCACACAUACUGGAGAGAAACUCUGUGAAUGUAAGCCACGUGAUAAAGCCUUUACAUACGAUUCUCAGCUUCAAACUCUUGAAAGAAUUCAUACUGGAGAAAAAACCUACAAAUGUACUCAAUGUGGUAAAGCCUUUGAACGUCGUUGUAAUUUUAGAAGGCAUAAACUAAUACAUUCUGGAAGAAAAUCCUACAAAUACAAUCAGUGUGGUAAAGCCUUUGCACGACUCAGUCAUCUGAAAACGCAUGGAAUAACACAUACUGGAGAGAAACCUUACAAAUGUGAUCAAUGUGGUAAAGCCUUUGCAUCUCAUAGUUAUCUCCAAGUACAUAAAAGAGAACAUACUGGAGAGAAGCCCUAUGAAUGUAAUCAAUGUGGAAAAGCCUUUGUACUUCACAGUGCUCUUAAAACACAUGAAAGAAUUCAUACUGGAGAGAAACCCUACAAAUGCAAUCAAUGUGGUAAAGCCUUUGCAAGACCCAGUCAUCUCAAAAGGCAUGGAAUAACACAUACUGGAGAGAAACCUUAUGAAUGUGAACAAUGUGGUAAAGCCUUCAUAAGUUGUAGUUAUCUCCAAGUACAUAAAAGAAUACAUACUGGAGAGAAGCCCUAUGAAUGUGAUCAAUGUGGUAAAGCCUUUAUACGUUGUAGUCAUCUCCAAGUACAUAAAAGAGAACAUACUGGAGAGAAGCCCUAUGAAUGUAAUCAAUGUGGUAAAGCCUUUGUACUUCACAGUGAUCUUAAGAGACAUAAAAGAAUUCAUACUGGAGAGAAACCCUACAAAUGCAAUCAAUGUGGUAAAGCCUUUGCACGACCCAGUCAUCUCAAAAGGCAUGGAAUAACACAUACUGGAGAGAAACCUUAUGAAUGUGAACAAUGUGGUAAAGCCUUUACAUCUCAUAGUUAUCUCCAAGUACAUCAAAGAAUACAUACUGGAGAGAAGCCCUAUGUAUGUGAUCGGUGUGAUAAAGCCUUUGCAUAUCAUAGUUAUCUCCAAGUACAUAAAAGAAUACAUAGUGGAGAGAAGCCCUAUGUAUGUGAUCGGUGUGAUAAAGCCUUUGCAUAUCAUAGUUAUCUCCAAGUACAUAAAAGAAUACAUACUGGAGAGAAUCUCUAUGAAUGUGAUCAAUGUGGUAAAGCCUUUGCAUCUCAUAGUUCUCUCCAAGUACAUAAAAGAGAACAUACUGGAGAGAAGCCCUAUGAAUGUAAUCAAUGUGGUAAAGCCUUUGUACUUCACAGUGCUCUUAAGAGACAUAAAAGAAUUCAUACUGGAGAGAAACCCUACAAAUGCAAUCAAUGUGGUAAAGCCUUUGCACGACCCAGUCAUCUCAAAAGGCAUGGAAUAACACAUACUGGAGAGAAACCUUAUGAAUGUGAACAAUGCGGUAAAGCCUUUACAUCUCAUAGUUAUCUCCAAGUACAUCAAAGAAUACAUACUGGAGAGAAGCCCUAUGUAUGUGAUCAAUGUGGUAAAGACUUUGCAUAUCAUAGUUAUCUCCAAGUACAUAAAAGAAUACAUAGUGAAGAGAAGCCCUAUGUAUGUGAUCGGUGUGAUAAAGCCUUUGCAUAUCAUAGUUAUCUCCAAGUACAUGAAAGAAUACAUAAUGGAGAGAAUCUCUAUGAAUGUGAUCAAUGUGGUAAAGCCUUUGCAUCUCAUAGUUCUCUCCGAGUACAUAAAAGAAUACAUACUGGAGAGAAGCCCUAUGAAUGUAAUCAAUGUGGUAAAGCCUUUGUAGGUCAGAGUAAACUUAAAAGGCAUGAAAGAAUUCAUACUGGAGAGAAACCUUACAAAUGUAAUGAAUGUGGUAAAGCCUUUGUAUGUAACGCUUAUCUCCGAAAACAUAAAGCAACACAUACUACAGUGAAACCUUGUGAAUGUAAGUAAUUUAGUAAAUUCUUUGCCUCUCAUGAUCAACUUUGACAACAUGAAAGAAUUCAUACCGGAAAGAAACCUUACGAAUGUAGUCAAUAUGGUAAAGCAGUUUCACAAUCAAGCCACCUCCAACUACAUAAAAGAAAACAUACAUACUAAAGAGUAACCCUAUGAAUGUAACCAAUAUAGUAAAGCCUUUACUGUGAUCUUCAAAGGUAUGGUGGUUUAAAUAUACUUGGCCCAUGGCAAGUGGCAGUGUUAGGAGGUAUGGCCUUUUUGGAGUAGAUGUGGCCUUUGAGGAAGUAUGUCACUGUGGAGGGGGGAUGGGCUUUCAGACCCCAUGCUUAAACUCUGCCCAGGGCAGAAGAGUCUUCUGGCUGCCUUCUGAUCAAGAUGUAGAACUCUCUCCUCCAGCACCAUAUCUGCUUGGACACUGACAUUUCUUCCACCUUGAUCAUAGACUGAACCUCUGAAUCUGUAUACCUCCCCUCCCCCCAAUUAAAUGUCCUUUGUUGCCUUGGUCAUGGUAUCUUUUCACAGCAUUAAUACCCAAAUUAACACAAACAGAAUAAAAGCACACUAGAGAGAAACUGUGAAUGUACUGAAUAUGGUGAAGCCUUUGCACAUUUCUAUAGUUCUCACUAUAAUAAAAGUAUUCACUUGCGUUCACUGAAACCCUGUGAAUGCAGAAAAUAACAUUCUUGAGAAAAGCCUUAUGAAUGGGCUCAAUGUGGUAAAGUGUUUGUGUUUUGAAAUCUGCAUAAAUACUUAACAAUUCAAAAACAUGGUCAAAGUAAAUGCCAGGAGUCUAUUGGAAACAAGCUGGGUUAGAAGGGUAGGGAUUAUGAAUAGUGUGGUUGGGUGUGCACUUAGUUCCAGAAAGUUAGGGUUUAGGGUUAAAGUGUUGUGGGGGGCGGUGUGGGUUAGGGAGUGGGCGGGUAGGGUUAGGUUGGGGGUGUUUAGGGUUAGGGGGUUAGGAAAAAGUGUGAUUUUGGGGAAGGAAAUGGGAGGAGGUUGGUUGUGGGACAGGGAGGGAUUAAAAUGAUAUAUAGUAUUCAUAAAAUCCUCAAAUACAAAAAUAAUCAAGUUGAACAGCUUCAACGUAAAUAGAUUGGGUGGUAAGGAGAGUUGUUACUAUAUACAUUAAUGAAAUUCAGAAAAAUCAUUAGGUCUUAUUUUAGAAAUCACUUAUUUCAAUAAAGUGGAAAACUCUAAAAUAAAGUAUGUAGAUUUCUGGACUUAUAUAACCUACCAAAAGUAAAUCAUGAAGAUCUAAAACAAAAAAUGGAGCAGCUUUGUAGAAAGCAGUACAAGUGAAGUAGUGAUCAAAUAUUUACCAAAUAAAAAAAAUUACCAGACCUUCAAUGAAAUACACAAAUGCUUCUCAAACUAUGCUAUUAAAUAGCAAAGGAAGGUUACAUUACCAAACUCUUUAUGAAGUUAGUAUUAGCCUAGUACUAAAACCAGAAAAACACAGACCAAUCUCCAACAUAAAUACAUGCAAAAUUUCUUUAAAAAUGCCUGCAAACUCUUCAAUAAUAAAUCACAAAAUUACUAUGAUCAAACUGGUUUAUUCCAGAGAUGUAGUGCUGGCUCAAUAUGUCAAUAAAUUUUAUAAAUUUCACAAAUCUCCUGUUUUUGAUAGAAUAGAAAUCAUAUCAAUCAAUAGACAUGUAAGGCUUUUGACAAAGCCAACAUCAAUCAUGUCAAAUAUCCUCCCCCCCAAAAAUUUCUUGAAUUAAACCUGACCAAGGAAGUGAAAGACCUGUGUAAUGAAAAUUCUGUAGAUACUCAAUAAAAUUAAAGAGGACAGUAGAAGAUGGAAAGACCUUGCAUGCUCAUGGGAUGGCCCUACUUCCAAAAUCAAUCUACAGAUUCAAUGCAAUCCCAAGAGAAAUUAAGGGGGAAAUAGUAUCAAAGUCCAUUACUUAAUGCAUGAAAACCCUAUAAUCCCAUUAUUCUGUAUAAUAAGUGUUAAGUGAUAAGACAUUUUUGAAAGCUUUAGAUCCAUACUGGUUUUAGGAACACGCACAGUCACACACAUGCACAUGACAAAACUGCUAAACACCAGUCAGGCAUAUGAUGUUCUACCAGUAAACCCAGCUCUGGUGAGCUGGUGCCCUGGGAUUCAUUGUCAAGACAGCUUAGCCUAAAUUAUUUAUCUCAAGUGAGAGACCCAGCUUCAAAAACAAGGUAGAUAUUACCUGAGGUCAACAAUUGUUCAAGAGAUGCAUGAACAUAUAUGAACACACUGUAUACAAAUGGAACAUAAUUAAGACUAAAAGCUGUGGCACAUGCCAGAACAUAGAUGCCCCAAGGAAUUUACACAAAAAGAAAUAACCCAGUUGCCAAGAGACAAAUACUAUAUGAUGUUAUUUGUACAAGGAACCUAGAGACAACAAAUUGGAAGCACUGGAAAGCAGCAUGGUGGUUGCCAAGGGCUUUGAGAGGGAGAAGUGAAGAGCUGGUAUUUAUUGAAUAUAGAAUUCCAGUUUGAAAUGGUAAAAGAAUUGUGAUGCAUGGGAAUCAUAAUCCCACAAUCCAGUGAAUGUACUUCAUGCCACUCAACUAUCAACUUAGAUAAAAAUGAUAGCUUUCAUAUUAUGUAUAUUUUACAAGAAUAAUAAAAGUCCUCCAUCGCCAUAAAGUGAUAAGGAGUUUGGGCCCUGUAUAGCUGCAACUCAGUAACAGCAAUGUUAAUCUACUUUGGUGAGUUUCCUAACGGUCUCAAUGCAUUUAGAUACCUGUAUCUUGAAAAUAAAGUAACCUUAAAAUGUCUACUAAGGUCUUUUCUGAGGUAUCUUGAAAUCUCAAAGGAAACUCCUUUGAGUGACUUGGAGUAAUGGAGGCAGCUGUUGGCUGUGAGGUGCUGAGAAGAAGGCGGAAUCAGAGAAGCCUGAGUGCUCUGCACAACACUAACUCCCAGGCAGUACUUAGUGUACUUUCCUUUAUAAAACUUUACAGAAUUAAAUUUUAAGCCUAUCUGGUUGAUUAACCACAUGUACUUUCACAAGAAGUCAGCAUUAGAUGCUUCCUUUGUCCUCAAAUGUCUUCUUUUUUUAAGGUAUGUCCCUGAGGCUAGGGUACAUAUUACAUGAACACACACACACACACACACACACACACACACACACACACACACACACACACACACACACACAUGCCUGCAGUGGUGGCAGCCUGCAACAUGCAAGGAUUUUUUUUCUUCACUAAAUGUUUGUGUUUUCUUUGGCUGUCGAGAGAUGUUUAAAUUCAUGCUGGCAUAAGAAUAUAUGCUCAAUGCUUCUUUAGAUAUUUAGACUGUUUUGUGUAACAAAUAUCAGUUUAUUACCCCUAGGAUGGCGAGCCAACUUGAGACAGAAUAAGCAGUAAACAACACAAUACUUAGCAUUCAAUAUUGAGCGACACAGAUAACAGCUCUAAGUCCCAGACCAAUGGAGUGCUAGACAGCAUCUUAGAACCUUCAACUGUAAAACCGACUAAAUAGCACAUACCAUUCGGGAUUACUGUAAAACUAGGGGUGAAGUGUGUGAGACUGUGCAGGCCCUGUCACCUAAUGGACACCAAAUAAACAUUAGUUACUAUUUGUGUCACUGGUGUUAGUGUUAUUAGAGAGCCUAUGCAGGAUAGGGGACAACAAUAAGUGUGCACCGGUAAACACGAUCCCCCCGCCACACACACACACACAGAAUUAGGAAUGAUGAGAGAUUGAGACUAAGACAACUCUAGCAGUUAACAUUUUGGGUUGUUUCAAUGACACGCUUUUCACUUGAUCUUGCUAACUCUGAGCAUUGCUAAUAUCCAACCCACCUUUUUAUCUGUUUUUAAAAACAAAAUUACAUUAAAUGGACUAUUAAGGCAAGCUGACAACUGCUUUUCCUGUUCUUUUUUUAAAAAACUUUUUAAAGAUUUAUUUAUUUUAUUAUAUGUAAGUACACUGUAGCUGUCUUCAGAUACACCAGAAGAGGGCAUCAAUCUCUUUACAGAUGGUUGUGAGCCACCAUGUGGUUGCUGGGAUUUGAACUCAGGAUCUCUGGAAGAGUAGUCAGGUGCUCUUAGCCGCUGAGCCAUCUCUCCAGCCCGAUUUUUCUUUUUUUUAAUAUUUAUUUUUAGUAUGUGUGGGAGGGUGAGGGCACCCUCAGAGACUAGAAGCGUCUGGUCCCCUGGAGCUGGAGUUAGAAGCAGCUGUGAACCUUCCAAUCUGGAUGCUGGGAACCAGGCCUUGGUCCUCUUCAAUGGUAGUCUGUGCUCUUAGCCACUGAGCCAUCUCUCCAGCCCCAAAAAUGCUUCUCUUGAAGAAAGGAACACAUGUUUUAAAAUUGUAUCACAUUACCUGGUAAGGACUAUCACAAACAACAAAUGCUGUUUAAAAAAAAUACAGGUUGUGAUUUAGCAAUUAAGAGCUAGAAGACAGGCACAGUGCAACCGGUGUCUCUCUAACUGACCUCAGCCUCUGUCAGAUUUGCAUCAGAUGUAGUAAUGGAGCCUCGGGUGAGUGGUUCUCCAACAUUGGACACAAUAUUUAUUACCCACCAAGUUUGCAGAGUAAAUACAUGUUAUCCCAAACUAUUGUAUAGCUUUCAAACUUCCAACUUGCCAUAAAUCAUUUUUACUAUUUGUUCUAAAAAACAAAAAAGCUCAACAACAACAAGAAAAGCUCCAGCAUGCUUUUUCCUGACAUUUUCUGUAUUUCAUUUCCCCUAGAAAGACCGGGGCCCAAAGCUUCUGAACCAUGUUGGGCUGUACUUAAGGACAGUAAUGCAUUAACACAUUUUUCUCCCAUGUAAUUUAUUUUAAUCAUUUUAUUCCAGCAAACCUUCAGAGGGCAGAGGGGAAAUUCCAUUCACCCCUAUCAUAUUCUGCCCUGCCCUGCUGCACAUCAGCUCAGUGGCUUACCAAUGGCUAAGUUUUAAUGCAGGUUUGUUUUUGUUUUGUUUUGUUUUGUUUUUUUCUUUAAGAUCAGGGGUACAGUGUUUCUAAACAGAAAGAACUGCACUAAGUCCAUUAGUAGACACCAAAUAGCUUUGAGAAUAGGUCUUUCUGGAAACACCUUCAAUAAUGUCAGUUUAGGGUGCUAACAGAAGCAGGCCACCUCAGAAAUCAUUUUAAACCAAAACACGGAAAUCCACUUAAGAAAGGGUUAAUAAGUAGGUAUAAGGAACAUACGUUGGAACUGUUGAAAGUCAGUGCACACCGACUUUAAACAUCAAUUAAGAAAGUGGUAAUUGUUCAAAUUUUGAAGGUUAUGAUAGGAUCAAUGAAGAAAUGUAUUUCUUAGUCAAUCAUAAGGGAGAAGUUUAUGAUUUGACUCAUUUCCCAGUCAAUGGAAGCUUGUGGUUUGAACUUGUUUUCUAGUUGGUAUGGUCACAGCCUUCAAUAGUUCAGAACCAAAAGCCAUGUACUUUAGAAUGCUUGUAAGGGGCUCAACAUUGACAGUAGAAAUUAUAAAAAUAUGUAUAGCCAAUAGUCACAUGAAAAGCUAAUACAAAACUGGAAACCGAAGUAGAAUAAUUAAAUAUUACUGAAUGAAUACAGUAUUACAUGUGUUUUUGAUACAGUAUAGAAAUCAAUAAAUAUAUUUAUUAAUUUAUUUGAGUUAAAUAUUGCAAAAUAAAAUAACUUUAAAA